CUCGCAACGCCUCCAAUCUCCGGAAGAGGUGAAAGCGGAAGCCGGAGAAAAUAUCCCCAUGGCUAUCCUCGCCGUCGCCUCUCCGCUCAAAACCCUAAACCCUAGCCAGGCGGACCACAGCCGCAUCCGCCUCUCCUCUUCCCUCCUCCGCCUUCCGCUCCCGGUGCCACGAUGGCGCCGCCUCCGGUGCUCCGCGCAGUACAGUGAGGCGGCGGCGGCGCCGCCCACGUCGACAACGACGCCGCGGCCGGCGGAGAUACCCUGGAGCAAGGAGCUCUGCAACUCGGUGCGCCUCAUUGGGACUGUGGGCACCGAAGUCGAGCUGCGGCAGCUGCCCAGCGGCUCCGCUGUUGCGAGGGGCCGCCUCGCCGUAUGGAAGUCGGCCACCGAAACUACAUGGGUAACUCUACAAUUCUGGGAUGAUCUGGCUAUUGUUGCCUCUGAGCACGUUAAGAAGGGUGACCGGAUAUUUGUUUCUGGACGGCUUGUGUCAGAUACUGUUGAUGAGGGGCCUGAGAAGCGGCAUGUUUAUUACAAGCUUGCAGUUCAACAGUUGAAUUUCAUCGAGUCCCAGCCAGUUCGAUUAUAUGAACCAGAGGCAAGCCAGGAUGCCCCAGGUGGAAGGCGUGCUGAUUAUUUUAACUCUACCUCUAAUUCAACUGAGGAUAAGAAUAGGGAUAAUAUGAGCUCUUCUCGAUCAACUGAAGAGCUGUGGCAAGCGUUCUUUGCUAACCCUCUUGACUGGUGGGAUAACAGGACAAAUAAGAAGAACCCAAGGUAUCCAGACUUCAAGCAUAAGCACACUGGUGAAGCACUAUGGGUUGACGGGAGGAACAACCCCAACUGGGUCAUCUCUCAGCUGGCUGUUUUGGACUCAAGAAUGAGUUCUCUGCAAGACAAUGGGAGAAAACCAGUCUCUUAUAUGUAUGCUGAUGAGUUCAUGACAUUGGACGGCAAUCGGUAGUCUUUAUGAAGGAGGAAGCUUCACAGCCCCCACUUUUUGUGCAGCUUGGCUGGCUGUUAUGGCGAGAUCGUGCUGUCGGAGUAGCUAACUCAUGCUUGCUGUCCAGAGUUGAGUGUUAUUGUACAUAUCUGAGCGGCUCUUCAGAGUUGAGUGUUAUCGUAGAUCUGUUAGUAGUGUUAGCAGGUUUGUGACAUGGUUUUCAAGUUUCAACUGUGCUGUUACGUCUAGUGGUAAUGUGUAAACCUUGGGUUGCCAUGUUCAAAUUUUUAUGUUUUUGCUUGGAAGGAUUUGCAGAUAAAAUGUCACAUUCUGCUGAGCUGGAUUUGCAAUACUAUCUACAUACACAUGUUCAAAAA